AUGGAUAGACAUUUCAAAAGUCCUUUCAUUAGUAAUUAUAAUUAUAAAGAUUAUGAUGAGAGGUAUAGUUUUUCUUUACCUAGAAAAUUUACUCCUAUAGUUACAUCACAAGCAUACAGAGAAAUUAAAACCAAAUCAUUGGUAGAUGAUUUUUAUUCAAAUCUUAUUGACUGGUACAAUGACAAAGUGUAUUUUGCAAUAGACGAUUCUGUAUUUAUUCAUGAUUUUCAUACAAGCAAGACAUCCCAUUUACAGACAAUUAGUGAUAAUUGUAUUACAUCGGUAAAAGGAAUGGGUAAUAAAAUAAUACUGGGCACAAGUUCAGGGUACAUGCAUAUAGUAGACAUAUGUAAAGAGCAAUCUACACGUCAUUUAUUUCAUAAGUCAAGAAUAGGUGUUCUUAAAAUAGAGAAUACUAAUAUUUUUACUGGUAGUAGAGAUAAAAGAUGUAAGGUUAUAGAUAGUAGAAUAAAUAAAAUAAUUCAUAGUAUCUUACAACAUAACCAAGAAGUGUGUGGGAUGGAUCUAAGUAAAAAUUAUAAGCAUCUUGUUACAGGAGGAAAUGAUAAUAAAUUGUAUGUUUAUGACCGUAGAAAUUUAGAUGUUCCACUGACAAAGUGUACACAGCAUAAAGCUGCAAUAAAAGCCGUUUCCUGGUCGCCUGUAAGUGCAAAUUUAUUUGUUACUGGUGGAGGUACAGCAGAUAAAACAGUAAAAUUAUGGGAUAUAAAUCUUAUAAAUAAUUCUAAUAGUUCGCCACUAUUAAAAUCUGUAGAUUAUGGUUCACAGGUGUGUAAUCUUAAAUGGUUACAUAACAAUCAAAUAUUAAGUACACAUGGAUAUUCUAAAGAUGAUAUACGCUUGUGCGGGGUUUAUAAUUUCAAUUGUAACAGGCAAUAUUUAGGUCAUAAAAAUAGAGUCAUACAUUUUUCUGUGUCUAAAGAUGAGAAAUAUUUCGUAACAGGGUCAGCAGAUUGUAGUAUAAAAUUCUGGGAGAUAUAUGGUGAUACACAUAAUGAAAUAGAAAUAAGAUAA